AUGAAGAACGAGGGCUUUGCGAUGUCAAAUACAGCUUUGUCUUUGGGAGGCGGAAGUAAUGUGGAAAGUGGUUACAGGUCAAAUAGCAAGAAGGAUCUUCUCAUUUCGUUUGUCGUCAUCGUAAUCUUGCUUGCUGCUGUCAUCGCAUUGGCUGUCCUCUACGCGAAUAAGGAUUCAGAUUCAAAUGAGUCCAGCGGUCAAACAGGGAAAAAUAAUGGUGCUGAUAGUCCAACAAGUACUGCGUCACCAAGUGGGAGACCAACCCCCACGACAUACAAAUCCACGCCCCCAAGGACUACCAUCCUCUCCCCAACAAAACAAACCACCUCCACGAGUGUCAACUGCUCACAAACACCCACAGACUCCCCUCCCCCAGGACCAUCGGACAAUCCGGAGGGGCCGUACAAUGAAUCCGCGGUGUCUGCUGAUGACGUGAGAUGUUCAAAGAUUGGAGUUGAAAUUCUCAAAAGAAACGGCUCGGCGGUAGACGCAGCCAUUGCUGCUCUAUUCUGUAUCGGUGUGGUUAAUAUGCAUUCAGCUGGCAUUGGAGGUGGAGCCGUAAUGGUUGUUUAUAUCAAGGAAAAAAGAACUGCCGAGUAUUUUAACUUUAGAGAAAAGGCACCUGGAUUGGCAAACGAGAGCAUGUUCGUGAAUGAUACGACCUCUGCGUCUAAGACAGGUGGUUUGGCAAUUGCUGUGCCGAGUGAGGUGAAAGGAAUGUACGAAGCUCAAAAGAAAUAUGGAAAACUGGACUGGAAAGAGCUCGUUAAACCUGCGAUGAACCUAGCAAGAGAAGGUUUUAUUAUCAGCAAAGCACUGGACAACGCUAUUAGAAGCGAAGAGGAAGAAAUCAGAAAACGUGAAGGGUUAAAAGAGCUUCUGGUGAAGGAAGAUGGUUGUUUAAAGAGACUGGGCGACAGAUUGGUCAACAGAAAGCUCGCUGUAACAUUAGAACGAAUAAGUUACGAUCCUUUAUCGUUUUACGAAGGAUCCCUUGCAGAAGAUAUCGUUAACGAUAUUGAUUCAAAUCGUGGUAUCAUCACUGCAAAAGAUUUGAACGAUUAUAAUGUUGAAGUUGAGACAGCACUCAAUGCCAGUGUUGGGGAUUAUCAGCUGCAUACAUCUGGUCUACCGUCCAGCGGUAUCUUGAUUGCGUUCAUGCUCAAUAUACUGAAAGGCUACAAUUUCACUACCGAAAGCGUAUCAAGCAAUUCAAAAACAGCGAAUGUUUAUCACAAGAUUAUUGAAACUUUCAAAUAUGCCUACGCAAGGCGUGCGUUGCUAGGCGACAAAAACUUUCUAAAUGAUACACAGAUCAUAAAGGACCUUUUAGAUGAGGAUUACGCGAAACGAAUUCGUAUGAACAUUACCAAUCAAACAUAUCCCGACGCUAGGCACUAUGGCGGAUAUUAUGCAAAUUACGAUCCCCCGGGGACAUCUCACUUGUCAGUUCUAGCGCCGAAUGGAGACGCAGUGUCAGUUACCAGUACCAUCAACACUUAUUUUGGUUCGAAAGUGCGUUCGACAGUGACAGGGAUAACGUACAAUAAUGAGAUGGACGAUUUCUCAACACCCGGAUUGACCAAUGCAUACGGAGUUGAACCGUCUCCUAGUAAUUUCAUCGCGCCUGGCAAACGACCAAUGUCGUCCAUGAGUCCUGUCAUUUUAACAAACAGAACAAGUGGGGAUGUCGUGUUUAUUGCAGGGGCAUCUGGGGGUACGAGGAUCACCACGGGUACUGCAUUGGUAACGAUGAACAAAAUAUGGUUUGGUCGUAACACAAGUGAAGCCGUUACCAUGCCUCAUUUCCACAACCAACUUCUUCCUAAUUACACAGCUAUAGAACAACCACCUCGCAACCUGUCACCAUAUAUCAUCAAAGAACUGAAAGGCUAUGGACACACCAUCGAAACCAAAUCUUUCCACUGUGUUGUGCAAGCAAUUUCCAAGGAGUUAGAUGGAAAAAUCUUCGCCAAGUCUGAUCCAAGAAAAGGCGGGUCCAGUUUUGGAUUCUAA